AAGCAACUAGCCAACCAGCCAGACAGCCAGCCAUUCAGUCAGCUCCAGAUGCCCUGUCAUAGCAAAACUGCGGAAUAAAGAGUAGUGAUAAAAAGAAAAGGAAAAAUGAAACACAAAUUGCGGCAACAUAGCAUUGGUUCAGUGUUUACAAUGUCGAAAAAUGACAAAAACAAAUCGGGCGGCGGCCUCUUGGAAAGCUGGUUUGGCCGCCCAAAAGCCAAAGGCAACAACUACAGUACCGGUACGCUGUCGGGACGACCCACAUCUACAGAUGGCGAGGUUGCCUUCGAUAUACAAGAACUGGAAAAGACCAUACGGGCUCUGAGCGACUCCGAAGUGGAUGCCAAAUUUAUGGAAAUUCUGGAAGAUAUGAAUAUACCCAAGGAUAAACGGGGGCCACUGCUAUCGAAAUCGAUAACAGAACGUCAGAAAAUGAUUUUCAUGCAUUUGAAAGGUAAAAAUUCCCUCGAACAUCGUGCCAAUUCGAAAUUCGAAAAACCUCUCGACUACAUUGAGUACCUGCGAAAUGGCGAACACAGUGAACCAAAAAUCUAUGCCUGCCUGGAAAGUUUACGUGUUGCACUCACAAAUAAUCCACUGUCGUGGAUUAAGGAAUUCGGAGAGGAUGGCAUCGAUGAGAUUAUCAAUUUGAUGCGACGCUGUAAAAAGGAACGAACCUUGGAUCGCAUCGAACUGGAAUGCAUACGUUGCCUCAAGGCCAUAAUGAAUAAUACAUGGGGAUUAAAUUUGGUCCUAACGCCAGAUCAACAUACGGUUGUAUUGCUACUGGCACAAUCGCUUGAUCCCCGCAAGGUGACCACAAUGUGUGAGGCUGUAAAGCUAUUGGCCUCAUUCUGUUUGGUACCCGAACGCAACGGCUAUGACAAGGUUCUGAGGGCCAUUACAACGGCAGCCUCAACAUCGUACAAAUCAAGUGAACGCUGGCCCAUUGUCGACUCGCUGUUCAUAUCGGAAAAAUAUGAUCCGCGUCGUGAGUUGGCCUGUCACAGUUUGAUUUUCAUCAAUACCCUCACAAACACCCCCAGCGACUUAAAUUUCCGCCUCCAUCUGCGCUGUGAAAUCAUGCGUAUGGGUCUGUACGCGAAAUUCGACGACUUCAAGAACAUGGUGGAGGCGAGCAACAAUGACUCGCUGAAACAACAUUUUAAGAUUUUCAAUGAGAUACGUGAGGACGAUUUCGAGGAGUUUAUCCAGCGAUUCGACAAUGUCAUCUAUAAUAUGGAUGAUGUGACGGACUGCUUUGAGGUUGUGAAGAAUUUAGUUACCGAUACACCUGCAGAACCCUACUUCCUGUCGAUAAUGCAGCAUUUGCUGUACAUUCGCGAUGACUUCUACUACCGGCCAGCCUAUUAUCAAUUGAUCGAGGAGUGCAUAUCGCAAAUUGUCUUUCACAAAGGUUACUGUGAUCCGAAUUUCGAAAAUCGAAAUUUCAAUAUCGAUACCUCAUUGCUGUUGGAUGAUAUCGUGGAAAAGACGAAGGCCAAAGAGUCGCAACGUGCCGAAGAGUAUGAGAAGAAAAUCGAGCAAUUGGAAAAUGCCAAACAGGAGGCUGAAGCCAAGGUUGCGCUGUUGGAGGAGAAAAUCAAAGAUAUGGAGAAGAAUGGUAUUGCGGCUCCAUCGCCAAGUAAACUGCCGAAGGUGAAUAUUCCCAUGCCACCACCGCCGCCAGGAGGAGCAAGAAUGCCAGCACCGCCACCACCACCUCCUCCACCGGGUAUGGGAGGGGGUCCGGGCGGUCCACCACCUCCGCCACCACCAAUGCCCGGUAUGGGUGGUAUACGUGGUCCACCACCGCCACCUAUGCCUGGCAUGGGUGGUCCUCCUCCACCUCCCAUGCCGGGUAUGGCCGGAGGUCCGCGACCACCACCAAUGAUGAUGCCCAUGGCGCCAGUCUUGCCACAUGGCCUUAAACCCAAAAAGAAAUGGGAAGUAAAGAAUCCCAUGAAACGUGCCAAUUGGAAAGCCAUUGUCCCACAAAAGAUGUCGGACAAAUCAUUUUGGGUCAAGUGUGAAGAGGAUAAACUGGCCUCCGAUGAUUUGCUUGCCGAACUUGCUAUUAAAUUCUCCUCCAAACCCAUCAAAAAGGAUCAAAAGGAUAGCGUCGAUAAGCCAUCUACGCUGACCAAGAAGACAAUUGAUUUGCGUGUUUUGGAUGGUAAAUCGGCCCAGAAUUUGUUGAUUCUUUUGGGUGGCUCCCUCAAGCAUUUGUCCUAUGAACAAAUCAAGAUAUGUCUUUUACGCUGUGAUACCGAUAUUUUGUCUUCCAAUAUUCUGCAACAAUUGAUACAAUAUCUACCGCCUCCAGAGCAAUUGAAACGUUUGCAAGAAAUCAAGGCCAAGGGAGAACCACCGCCCAUCGAACAGUUUGCAGCGACAAUAGGUGAAAUUAAACGUCUCUCGCCACGUUUGCAUAAUCUCAACUUUAAGCUAACCUUUAACGACAUGGUCCAAGACAUCAAGCCAGACAUUGUGGCCGGCACCGCGGCCUGUGAAGAGGUGCGCAAUAGCAAGAAAUUCUCCAUUCUAGAACUAAUACUGCUCAUGGGCAAUUACAUGAAUUCGGUCAAGAAUGAAUUGGCGUACGGUUUUGAAAUUUCCUAUCUGACAAAAUUGACAAACACCAAGGAUACCGAAAAACACACACUGCUACACUAUUUGGUCGAUGUGGUGGAAAAGAAAUUCCCCGAUGCCCUGACAUUCUACGAUGAUAUGUCACAUGUCGAUAAAGCGUCUCGAGUCAAUUUGGAUACAAUACAAAAAUCGAUGCGACAAAUGAAUUCAGCCGUUAAAAAUCUAGAAACCGAUUUACAAAAUAACAAAGUGCCACAAUGUGAGGAUGAUAAGUUUGCGGAAGUAAUGAGUAAAUUUGCGGGCGGAUGUCGACAGCAAGUGGAUGUGUUGGGUAAGUGGAUUAGUGGCUAAGUUUAACUUUCACUC